GGUUAACGUUUAACCCGCCCAGCUUGUAAAGUAGCUCCAGGACAGUGAACCUUUGGAGUUUGAUAUGAUGUGAUUACAGAAUCACCCCAGUGACAUGUUGCCCAGUUCACCAGAAUGAAGGUCUGAGUCUUCCAUGUGGUGAUCUCUGAAAAUUGCUCAGUGAGCACCCCUAAUUUUGCUGAUUUAUUGCUGAUAAUCACUCACAAUGGAAACCAAUCAAAAAUGCGGGGAUGGACUGACUGGCACACAGAAAGAGGCUGCACUGCGCACUCUCAUCCAGCGCACAGGAUAUCAAUUACACCAGGAAAAUGGCCAGAGGAGAUACGGAGGUCCACCACCUGAUUGGGAAGGUCCACCACCAGAGAGAGGCAGCGAGAUAUUUGUGGGCAAAUUACCUCGAGACCUUUUUGAGGAUGAGCUGGUGCCUCUUUGUGAAAAAUUUGGCAAAAUAUAUGAAGUACGGAUGAUGAUGGAUUUCAAUGGGAACAACCGAGGUUAUGCUUUCGUCACCUUCAGUGCUAAACAAGAAGCCAAGAAUGCCAUGAAGUAUCUCAACAAUUAUGAAAUUAGGAACGGUCGUCUGCUGGGCGUGUGUGCAAGUGUGGAUAACUGCCGGCUGUUUGUGGGAGGCAUCCCAAAAACCAAGAAGAAAGAGGAGAUCCUGGCUGAGAUGAAGAAGGUGACGGAUGGUGUGGUGGAGGUGAUCGUUUACCCCAGUGCAGCUGACAAGAGCAAGAAUAGAGGCUUUGCCUUCGUGGAAUACGAGAGCCACCGUGCUGCAGCCAUGGCCAGGAGGAAACUGCUGCCUGGCCGUAUCCAGCUGUGGGGUCAUGCCAUUGCUGUGGAUUGGGCAGAGCCAGAAGUGGAAGUGGAUGAGGACACGAUGUCCACUGUGAAGAUCCUUUACAUCAGGAACCUGAUGCUGGCCACAACAGAAGAGACCAUUGAGAAGGAAUUCAAUGCCAUCAAACCUGGUGCAGUGGAGAGGGUAAAGAAGAUCAGGGACUACGCGUUUGUUCACUUCUCUCAGAGAGACGAUGCAAUUGCAGCUAUGAACGUGUUGAACGGAAAGGUGAUUGACGGCUCUCCUAUAGAAGUGACGCUGGCCAAGCCAGUGGAUAAAGACAGUUAUGUGCGUUACACUCGAGGCACAGGGGGCCGAGGGGCGGCUCUGCUGCAAGGCGAGUACACCUACACGCUGGGUCAGGUGUAUGACCCCUCAGCAGCGUACCUGGGUGCUCCAGUGUUUUAUGCACCUCAUGCUUACGCAGCUCUCCCUGGACAGUUCCGCUUCCCUGCCGCUAAGGGCCAUGUCAGCACUCGAGGUCUGGUGCGUCCGCCCUCUGUCAGAGAAAUUUACAUGAAUAUGCCUGUAGGGGCGGCAGGUGUGCGCGGGUUGGGCGGUCGAGGCUACCUCGCCUAUGCAGGCGUGGGCCGUGGCUGCCCCACAUAUCAGCUAAAGUCUGACAAACACCAUGAUGACAAACUCUACGACCUGCUUCCCGGCAUGGAGCUCACGCCCAUGAACCCCGUCACCCUGAAGCCACAGGGAAUCAAACAUGCUCCACAGAUUUUGGAGGAUAUUUGUCAGAAGAAUAACUGGGGACAUCCAGUGUACCAACUUCACUCUGCCAUUGGACCUGAUCAGAGGCAACUGUUCCUUUAUAAAGUCACCAUCCCUGCUCUGGCCACUCAGUACCCUAACAUACAUCCGUUCACCCCAACUAAACUGUGCGCAUCAGUGGAUGAAGCCAAAAUCCAUGCCGCCGAGCAUACACUGCAGACCCUUGGGCUACACACAGAGGGCGCUGACACUUCUGCUGCCGCUGUGGCAUUCCCAGGUUAUGCGAUCGCCAACACCACCGGCACCGUUGCUGCUUCUCAGCUUAAACAAACUCUGUCUCUGGGGCAGGACAUAGCAGCUUACACCACCUACGAGGCUUACCCAGCGUUCGCCGUCACCACCCGAGGAGAUGCUUACGGUGUAUUCUAAAAACUCAGAAGCAGCCCGGUGUCUGAUGUGGCCAUUCGACAUCAGGAACAUCCAUUCUGUAUAAAAUUUGUCUCAAAAGCUAAUGUCUCUUGAAUGCCACCUUUAUCCAGUUUGCCUUUUAUUAUAUCAAACAGUUUUUGUCUGGUUACAGAAAAAUAAGUCAUUAGAUAGCAUCAGUACUGUUAAAAGAGAAAAGGCUGGAAAAUAAUCCUGGCUAUGAGAUCAGGAUUUAAAUUGAGGUCUUUUACAGUUAUUAAAACUACCAUUAAAUGUACAGAUAGGACUAUAAUACUGUAAUACCACAUAACACACAGAUGUCAUACAGCCGUACAGCCUUGAGUUGUUGUGCAAGUGUUUCAGUAUUUACUUUAAUAAAAAAUAUAUCAGGAAUUUUUAAUAUAGCAAAAAAAAACUAUUCAUGUUCUUUUUUUCUAUUUUUAAGUAAGUUUUUUUAGCUUUAUAAUAUUUUUCUCUGUGCUAUAUUAUUUCCAAGCUUGCUACCUACUAAAACCCUUUGAAUAUCCCACCUCAUCGUUUUGUCGAAUGAAGAGUGUGACAUUUUGUCAGAUGUGUAAACAGUGACAGUAUUAAAGUGUGUUAAGCACUUAGAACUUAUUUUUAUACAUGGAUUCCAGCGCUAUUUGUAAGACGUGUUAGGAUAUUGCAAAUCAUCUGACUCAAUGACUGCCGUAAGAGCUAGGAGUUCAAUGUCAGGGUGUGACACUUUGAGUGUGACACUUUGAGUGUGACAGGGAGGAUUUCCUAAUUCAAUACAUCAUUAUGCUGCGAAUGAGAGGGAGAGAUGGGAUAAUUCUCGAUGUGUCAACUGGCUAUCAAUAAAUUCUGUUCAAUUCUUUGGCA